AUGAAGGACCAUGUUGAUCCCAGGUUCGGCGCUUUCGACGUUGAUUGGUUAAGCCAGCCUCAGCACGCGCCAGCGAAGCGGCUGGAGCGGCGCACGUCUCUGUCCCCCCUGGCGCAACUUCAGGAGUUUUAUCAGGUGCAGUCGGCGCAGGAACAGAGACCGCGGCAGGGGACGGGGGAGCAAAUGUGGCAGGGAACGGGGGAGCGGAUGCGGCAGGGGAAGGGGGAAGGGAAGGGGGAGGGCCAGGGGAAGCAGCAGAGCCAGCUGUUGCUGAGUCAGCAGCGGCAGCCAGGUCGAAACCAAAGCGGGGCGGUCACGCGGCUCGGUCGACGCUCGUCCAUCGACUUAGCGGAUGUCGCGGCGGCGAGAGCGGCGGCAGCCGCGGCGAAAGAAUCUCCCUCGGCUCGUGGCUAUGAGACUUUCAACAAAGGCGGCGCCGCGACCGCCAGAAGCAGUCCCGCUGACGGCGGCGCGAGGAGGCUCCAUCUGUCGAACCGCCAGACGAGCGGAGAUUGGGCGGCGUAUGUUGGGCAGAGGAAGAGCGGCGCGCAGAAUACGCGCGCACAAGCGCAUGAGCAGCGUGGACGGUCGCUCUCUCCCUUCGCCAACGCCUCCGCGGAGGUCGAGCUCGCGUCCCCCCCGUUGCUCGAGGGCGGAGGCGUCGGCGCAGAUCCUUCGCAUCAUGCGCAAUACUUCCCGCCCAAAUCUCCGCGAGCUGCCCGCCUCCCCCUUGGUUCCCCGCAUUCUUCCGGGAUUGAGUCCGCUGGUCCGCCUAUGGUUGCGCUUGACCCCACGCAAGCGGGGAUGCUAUUUUCCGCCGUUUUGCACCGCGGGAAAGCCGCUGGUUCGCCCGAGGCGGCGGAAUCGGUGGAGGUUCGCACUUCCCCCGCGUCAACAGAAAGCUCCGCCGCGUCGGGGCAUAGACGGGGUCAUCGUCGCGCCGCUAGCGCGCAACUGAACUCUAUGGAUACUGCGGCGGUGCUUUUUGGGCGGACAGCACAAGCACCCGCGCAAAAGGAGCAGGCGCAAGAGCAGGCGCAGGGGCAGAAGGCGGGAGCUGAAGCGGACGGAUCAGGGGAAACGCACAGGCGCGCGCAAGCACAGGCGCAGGCGCAUGCACAGGGGCACGCGCAGCCCACGAAAGAGCGGGAGCGGGAGCAGUCAACCACGGAGCGCACCACCUUUCCCGCCGGAAUCUCCGCGAAAACGAGAGCAACCCUUAGUAUGCCGAAAUCCCCCAGUAGCGGCAGCGCACGAAACCGCAGCCCGCUAAAAGCGGCGCAAUAUACUGGCCGUCGGGAAUUGACCUCGAUUGGUAGUAGCGGCAGCAGCGGCGGGAGUAGCGGCAGCAGUGGCGACAGCAGCGGGGGCGGCGGAAGUGGCAGUGAGAGGCGAGAGAACACGUCGUCGAAGUGUGCUAUAAGCGGGACUGGUGGCGGUAAUAGCGGCACGGACAGUGGGAAGGGCAACGACAGCGGCGAAGGGACGGAUGCGGGGAGCAGGACGGGUGGCGCAAGCUCACGUGUGCCUGGUGUGCGCGCAAGUGCAAGUGUCGGAAGCGCAAAUGGCGCGAGCGCGCUCCUCCGCGCGGAGCGCGAGCGCUCGCCCCCGCUCUCGUCCCCCCUCUCCCGCCCGCGCCUCCUCUCUCACGUGUCCCUUGGCCCCGCAAUUAGCGCCGAAAUUCGUGCCGCCGCGAAUGAGGUCGCGCGGAGAGAGGGGGGAGAGGCGGGAGGCGCACAAGAAAAAGACAGCGGCGCAGGGGGGAGCGGGAGGGGACGGGGCGGAAAGGGGGAUGAUGGAGGACCGGAAAUUUCGGGGAAUAGAAAGGCGGGAACAGGCGGGCGGCAGGCGCUAUCGUUGGGUUUAAGCUUUUCGGCGGGGCGGGAAGAGUCGUCGUUGGGAUUAGGGUUAGGGGGUUGGAGCGCAAGCAUGGCCGCUUUCGCUGGCGGAGGGGGGAGUGUGGGCGGAGGCGGGGGAGGAGGCGCAGGGGGAGCGGGCGGGGGGGGAUGGGAGGAGGGGGAAGAGGAGGAAGAGGAGGAGGAGGAGGAGGAGGAGGAGGAGGAGAGGGAGGAGAGAGUGGGGGAGGGGAAGGAGAAGAUGGAGAGCAAGGGCGAGCAGACACACGGACAGAAUGCACAGCCAGCAAUGCCAUCCCAGCAGCAGCAACCGCAGCAGCAGCAGCAGCAGCAACAACAACAGCACGGGGGGAGGGGUAACCAGCCGAUUGCUAGAUUCUUCUCGGCUGCUUCGGGUACCCUCAAGUCCCUGAUUGGUGGUGGCAGCAGCAGCACUGGUGGCGGUGCUUCUGCUGCUUCUGCUAGUGCUAGUGGAUCAAGCAGGGGCCACGGUGCAACCUCCCCUCUGCCGUCCCCUCUUCCCUCUCCUGUUUUCUCCUCCUUCUUUCACACUGCUGCUGCUGAGGCUGCUCCUGCUGCUGUUGGUGCUGCUGCUGCCGCUCCUGCUGCUGCUGGUGCAGUUGAUUCCGAUGCUGCCCUUGCCAACGCUGCUGCUUCGGGUUCCGAGCAUCAUGUGCUUUUGGCAGCAGAAUGCUCGGAGGCCACAGGCUCGGAAAUUGCAGGCUUGGCAGCCGCAGGCUCGGCAGUUGCGGGCUCGGCGGCAGGAGUGGACGCAGUGGCAGCGGCAGGCUUGGAAGCCACUUUCAGGCUCAACAUACCUGGAGAUUCUCCUGAUGACGUGGCAGGAUUUGUCACGACUCGUAAGCAGAAGCAGUCCAAUCGCAGUGCAAGUGCUACCGCUGCUUCUGCCGCUUCUGCUGCUGCUUCUGCUGCUGCUUCUGCUGCUGCUGCUGCUGCUGGUUGGACUGGCAGUGCUAGUGAUGGGGGUGGGGAUAUUUGGCCUGCUUCUGGUGCUGGUGCUGGUGCUGGUGCUGGUGCUGGUGCUGGUGGUGCCACUGAGAUUGGUUGUGUUGAGUCAAGAACAGCCAGAAACCGCCGGCCACGGCGGCAAAGUGCCGAAUAUAUCCGCCCGAACAUGCUAGCAGACAAGGAAGGCCACACCGCUGACACCGGCUCGUUCAAAGACAAGGACAAUGAACAGGAAGACGACACAAACAGUGAUAUGAACAGUGACGUGAACAGUGACAUAGGGUUUGACUCCCCGGACCGGCCCGCCAGGUUCGUCAACCACUCCGACCGUAGGGUCGGCGCCCGGGGCAAAGCCAGGCUCGGCGGAGGCCCGUUGCCGCACCAAACCGCCGUGCACGAGGGCCGGGGAGGGUGGGAGGCGCGGGGCGGCGGCGGGGGAGGGGGCAGUGGUGUGCUUUCGAGCAGAAGCUGCAGGAAUGAGAGCGAUGCGGAUCUAAGUAUUGGCUCGUCUUCUGGUACUGGUGUUGCUAUGCUGGCGGGGUUUCAGUUGAAGGGUGUUCCUAAGGAGCAGAUUGGGUUGCUCCUGGAACAGCAGGCAGAGAGAAGGGCCGCUAGGGCUAAGGGUGGUGGUGGAAGCGGUGAUGUUGGCGCUGCUGCUGCAGGUGCAUUGGGUGCUGUGGCUGGUGGUGGUGGUGGUGGUGGUGGUGGUAUGUGGAAGGGGAGGAUGGGUGGGAGUGCUGGGGAGAACGAUAUGCAAGGCCUUCGCCCCACAGACUACAUAUUUGAGAAGCCGUAUGAGGACCUGCGGACGCGGUACAUUCUGCACAAUAAGAAGCUGGGCAGCGGGCAGUACGGGGUGAUCAGACGGUGCCUGGAGAUCAGCAGUGGCAUGCAGCUGGCGUGUAAGACGGUCAAGAAGGCCGAGAUCAAGUCACACGAGGAGGCUCAGGAUUUAAGGAAGGAGGUGGCCACUCUCUCCAUGCUUCAGGGCCAUCCGUUCAUCGUUCGGUUGCAUGACACUGUGGAGGACAGGAAGCACGUCCACAUGGUGAUGGAGCUCUGUACUGGAGGAGACCUGUUCGACCGAGUAGCAAAGGACGGCCCCUACAGCACAGCUGCGGGCGCCAGGUUGUGUGCGCAGCUGGUGGCGGCGCUGCUGCACUGCCACCGCCACGGCAUCGUGCACCGCGACGUGAAGCCCGAAAACAUCCUCCUUACAAGCAGACAGCUUAACAGCGAUAUCAAGCUCGUGGACUUCGGAAUUGCUACCUUCUUCCAGGAAGGCGAGAGACUGAAGGAGCUGAUGGGAACGCCGCAGUACAUGGCACCGGAGCUCAUCCAGGGGGAGUACGGCCCCGAGGUGGACAUGUGGAGCGCUGGGGUCGUCAUGUACAUCGCCAUGUGCGGCGUGCCGCCCUUUUGGGCGUCGUCUAAUCGCUCGCUUGCGGAGGCGAUAAGAGGGAAGGAGGUUAGCUUUAAGAGCGCCAAAUGGGCUGGUGUGCCGGAGGAAUGCAAGGAUCUGAUUGGCCGGAUGCUGGUGAAGGACCCGAAGCGGCGAAUAACUGCUUUAGAGAUACUUGGGCAUCCAUGGAUACGUGAAUCUGCACUCUGA